CGCGACUUGCGUGCGUCGCGACGUAAGGCGAUGGGAGGCGACGUCAGGUACCUGAGCGCCGGGCGGGCGGGUGGCGGCCUGAGUGAAGCAGCGCAGAUGGCUAACUGAGAAAGCUUAGUAGAAGAUGAAACUUGAAUCAUGAAGAGAAAUAAACAGUGGAACAUCAGCAAAGCACUGGCUCUUGCCAGUUCCUAUCAUUUUCUUUACUGUGCAGCCAAAGCCUGCGUAAUUCCUUUUCUCACCAUAUACUUCAGACAGCUUGGAUUGACUGCGCCAUUUGUUGGGAUUGUGAUUGGAACAAAGUAUUUUAUAUCGUUGAUUUGUACUCCGUUCUGGUCCUACUGUGCUAGACACCAUGACAAAAGAAGAAUUCUUGUGUUGGGUUCCUUGUUAUCAUCAAUAGGAAUUAGCUUUCUAUUUACACUAAUUCCACCUGUAAAUAAGGACAUUCAGAGCAUGUAUUGUAACAGAAGUCUGUACACAAAAGACAAUUGGAAUCCAAACAUACCAGAUGACACAGACCAUACUGGUGAUGUUGAGAUGAAUGAACUUGCAUAUACCGUACCUCCAAUAACGGUAAAAGUUGCUUCGUCAAGUCAUCAGAGUUCGGAACUCGUUAAUGUCCACAGUACUGAGAAGAAAAUGAACCUCCACUUGUUGACCACUGUUGAAUCACCCCUGGAAAACUUAACCAAACAGCCAUCUAUGAAUAUUACGGAUUCUGAAAAGUCUCAACAAUCAGAAAGAGGUACCACUAGGAAUGUGGACUAUUCUGAAACAGGGCAGAUUCUGCCUACUGAAGGCUCUGGCUACACCAGAACUGCGGAAGAAACUACCACGCACUUUUCUAUGCAAAAAAAUAACGAGGACAAAAAUGGCAGUUUAGAUGUUUAUGUCAGUACUGCAAAUAUUCUUGUGAAAAGGCAUGCUCCAUUGAAGAACGACCCUGAAAUGAGCAAUAAAAUCAAACGCCUCAGCCUUGAGCCAAAUCAUAGUCAUAAAAUCCUAGAUAACUUGCACCAGACAUUGGUGCUUAUUCUGCUGGCUGUAUCUUUAUGGGAGGUUCUUGCAUCAACUUUAGAUUGGGUUACAGAUGAUGGACUCUAUGACUACUUGGACUUUGUAGACUCUCUUGACCGCUAUGGCAAGCAGUGGAUCUGGGGAUACUUGGGUACUGCGGGAGCAGCUUUUAGUGUUGGUAUCCUUGUGGACAGGCUGCACUGUUUCCUCAAUGCACAGACUUCUAGAACUGCAGUGCACUUUUACGCUUAUGCAACACUACUUGUGUUAACGCUUAUUGUUGGAGUAUUCUAUCCAAUGCACACCGCCAAGAAAAAUGAUGCAUUCAACAAGACUUUUAAAGCAUUUCACUUGUUGGGAAGUGAUGGGAGAGCUGUGCUAUAUGCAGUUACAGUCUUCAUCACUGGAGCCAUUGGAUCUGCCAUCAAUAACUUCCUCUUUUGGCAAAUGCAGGACAAAGGAGGUAGUGAGGCAUAUAUGGGUGCUGCUGUGGCAAUAGGCUUCAUGGCUGAAUUUUUAUUUUACCUUUUCAAAGAUCGAAUGUUAAAAGUCCUCUCAUUCUCUGGAACAGUUGCAUUUGGGCUAAUCUGCCUUGCAGCUCAACUGCUCUACUAUUCAUUCCUGUGGUCACCUUGGGCAGUAUUGCCUAUUCAAGUUUUGAAUGGAUUUAGCAGUGGUGCUUUGUGGUGGGCUGUUUUGAAUCAGUCUGACGAUUUAGCUACCCCUGGCAUUGACAGAACACUCUAUAAGAUCUACCAUGGGAUAUCUUUUGGUCUGGGUGCGAGUUCUGGCAGCUUUUGCAGUGGCUUCAUUGUGGAGCGUUUUGGCAUAGGAAGGCUUUAUCAAGCAUGCUCUGUUACUGCCAUGCUUUGGGCAGUGGUCUUUGUCUCGGUGCAAUCAAAAAUCCCUCGGCAAAAAAGAUUGAACUACUCACGACUGUUAGCAGCUGAUACUAGUGAUAUGAGUGACACAGAUGAUGAGCAAAAUAACGACUGGCUUGUUAAAGCUCUGAAAAACGAUGACUUUAUAAUGAAGUAGCCAGUUUACUUUUUCCUUGUUUCCUGUUGAAUAAACAAGAAAUUUAAAUAGUCAGCAUACAUCGUCUGUUCCUUUAACAACACAAGCCCAGACUAGAAACCCGUGGCAUAGGAACAUUCUGAUUUGGUAAACUAGAUUAACUGAUUUAUGCUGUUAAAUACUGUAUACCUAUUCCAAGAGGGUUUUUCAUUAAAACAGGCACUUUUAUCUACAAAAUUGCAGGAUUAUUUUUUUAAUUAAAGUUAUGGGAAAUUGAUAGCUUUAGAGUACAUAAAAUAUUUGAAAUAAAAAAGUUUCUGUAAUAGAGUGUAAUGUGGAUGUAAUUGCUCAUGUAAGGUCCCUGACAUAAAAUGUGCCUAUUUGAUUUACAGUGAGCAAUUGAAGGAUCAGAUGUGUUCAAGACUGAAUAUAUUUUAUGAUCCUCAUUUCAUUGUUUUAAACGAGUAGGACCUGAAUAUCAAUGUAUGCAAACAUUCAAUUUAUGCAACUGCUUUACUGUACCAUGCUCUCAGGGCAAUCAAAACAAUAUUGUAUGCAUUUGUCACAUGCUCAAUAAGCAUUCUUUCCUCAGCUGUGUCUGCUCUGGCUACCUCCAUCUCAUUAGUGCACACAUUUGUCAUCAUUUAAAAAACAUAUUUCUUCUCCACUGCCACCCAAUAGAAUAUCUGCAAAUAUUAUCUUACGUCUACAUUCAGGUUCUUGAUUAGUUGGCAAGUAUCCUUGGUGGAUGUUUGCAUCAAAUUCCUGAUUUAUCCCUUUUUUGAAGGGAAUUUUAAUAAGAUAUUGUGAGGGGCUUGGAGGUGGAGGGGUGCUAUCACAGUGAUUGUAAACAAAAUGGGGGACUGAGAGGUUUUAAUUUAAAAUGUGGAUUGAGAUGAGAUCAGUUCAACAAUUCACACUCUGUCUCUUUUCUAAAUGGUUAAUGCAAUAACAUGCAUAGAAUAGAAGCGCUGCACGAGUAUCAUGAGUUUCAUUUGAAGCCUUUGGGAGUUGAACGCAAAUAAAAAUAAACAAAAUAUUUGAGAUAUAAUAUAAGCCAACAGUUGACAAAACAAGUUGUACAAAUGGAAACGUUUGCAUUGAUGCAUGGUGCAGUAAUCCAACAAAAAGGAAGCUGAGAUCUAACAAAAACUCGACUAACCGAUAAUAGCUUUCUUCUCUUCUCUUCCCUUCCCCCCCCCCCCCCCCCCCCCCCAUCCAUACUCGUACAAUCAAUGUGAAGAACGGUCUUGAGCCGAUAGUCACCUAUCCAUAUUCUCUAGGGAUGCUGCCUGACGCACUGAGUUACUCCAGCACUGUGUCCUUUUGUGUAAACCAGCAUCUGCAGUUCUCGGUUUCUACUAGCUGACAAUGCACAUGAUACCAUUAUUAGCAAACAGCUAUUAAACAUUAAUAAAUUGGACAGAGAUUAGAUGUUUUUUUCCUUGAUUAUAUGCCAGUUAUUCAUAAAAGCUAAUGUAUGUCGCUCUUUUAAGAAAAAGACAGUGUUGGUGGAACUCGGCUGGUCAGGUGGUAUCCCUGGAGAACAUGGAUAGCACUUUGUGUCUAAAUUAUAUAAACCAGUAUCUGCAGCUCCUUGCUUCUACUGUAGCAUUGAAUAUUUUUUUGUUUUGUCAGCAAUUAAAAAGAAGUGAAGUAAAAUAUAUAAUAAUGAAGCCAUUUUGGCUGCUUUGGGAGAAAUAAGAUGUUUUCUGUCUUCCAUCAUGUGAGUUAGGUAUUUGCAAUCUGAGUAUAAGGUUUGUUCAGACUUUAUUUGUGAGAAGGCACUCUAAUUUACGGACAAAUUUGCAGUUGGACUAUAUCAAUCUAGUGUGGCAGCUAUACAAAUGAGAAAUUUCUAGUGCGCAGUUUCUGUUUUUUUUCUGGGUUGGCUACAAGUGUACUUUUAAGUUCCGCUUCCCUUAAUAAAGAUGAGGAAGGAUGUUUUCUGUUUGUGUUUUUGGCUUAGUGAAGCCGCAACCUUAUUGAAAUGUGCAUGCAAAUGAUUGGCUGAUGUUUUAGGGAAAGACUUUACUUCCCCUGAAAGGAAUGGAAUUUCUUUUAAGAAAAGCUAUACUGGACAAAACACACCCUUAUGACAUUUGCAAUGCAUGCCACAGGGCUUGAAAUCAUGCAUGAAAUGCAAUGUUAAUGUAGAACUACACAUGGUAACAGAUGGUCUUUCAUUCCUUUAUGCACCUGUCCAGCUCGUUGAGAGAGUUGUAGAUUAUUUUACUAAUUUGUGGUUUGAGCUUUCCUUUUCAUGCUGUCCCAUUCUUUCAAUGACCUUCGAGGUGUCUGCUCAGUCUUUUCUGCCCUCGUCACACAAUGAAGCAAUCACCUUUGGGAAUCUGUCAAUAUUAAAGUAAAUACUUUCAUGCAUGCAUUCUUCCUAAGUCUUACUGAAAUAUGUUAAUAUUCUAAUAUGCCAGUACAACUAGUUUUUUGUAAUGGUGCCUGAGCUGCUUUUUGCUGCCUCACUGCACCAGAGACCUGGGUUUGAACCUGAAUACAGGUGCUGUCUGUACGUAGUUUGUACUUUCUCCCUGUGGCCAUGUGGGUUAUCUCCCACUUUCCAAAAAUGUGCAGAUUUGCAAGUUAAUUGGCUUUGGAAAUUGUCCCUAGUGUAUAGGAUAAAUCUAUCUGAACUAACUGAACAGGUGAUUGUGGCUGGCACUGACUCGGUGGGCCAAAGGACUUGAUUCCACUCUUACCUCUAAACUAAAUUAAAACACAGCGAUAUAGCAAAUUUAUUUUCUUAGCUGCUCAUGGGAGAGUGGAAUAUUUCCUUGAUUUACAGAGCUUAAUUUCUGAACAUUUUACAUAUUUUUAUAUACAAUUUUGAAAUGAAAAUCUUUGCACAGAAAUUUGUGGCCCAGUUUUCUACCAGCAAGCCAAUAAAUAGAAAUAGAUAAUGUGGAACAAUGCUCUCUUCCUCAAAAUAAUUUGCAUUCUAAUGCAAGUGCUGUUGUGAUUGCAUUUGGAAAAAAAAAAGAACUAUUAUACCUGACGCAUAUACUUUAUGAUAUUGCUAGACUGCAUGGGCCUCUCCAUUUCUACAAAGAAAACAAUGAAGGAAUAAGGGUCAACUAUGCCUUAAAGAAUCCAACCAUAGUUCCUAAGGUUAGUUAGCUCCAUUACUGAAGUGAGCUUCUCUAACAUGUACCUAGCCUGGCAAUUUUUUCCCUCAAAAGAAAAAUAGUUCUGAAAACUUUGCACCACGUAAAGUUAUCCAUGUUAUUGUUUUGGUAGAUUCAAGUCAGAUUUUGAUCCUUCUGCUCCAUAUAUGUCACGUGUAGUGAAAAUAACAAAACAUUUUUGAUUAUCGUGGGCAACGUUAGUUUAAAUUUAGUGAGAGCUUCUACUGGCAUGGGAUUGAAAAGUGUGAUUAUUUUCAAAUUAUAUUACAAUGAAAUGCUGUAAAAGAAGUGAUUUGUGGUAAGGUAGUGAUUUAGAUACAUUUUUGCACUUCUAAAAUACUCCUGAAUGUGCCUUACUCUGGAAAAGAUGCUAUGUCUGUGUGUUUCUAUGGUAAAUAAUCCUGGUGAAGGUAAUUAAAAGGACUUUAGUUGGUAAUCACUGCUGUGUAGCAGUUUAUGCACUUAACAUAUUUGAAUGUUAAAUAUCAGUAAAUGUAUUAUUAGAUUAUUUAUUUUGGUGAGUGGAAAUACUGUACUGAUUUUAAAUUGUUCAUCUUAUUAAAAUUUGGUCAACCC